AUGUUGUAUGCGAUUAUAUUUACAGCUCCAUCGACACGAAGUCGACGAUCAUCAUCUGCAUCAAGUAGUUUAUCUCGACUAUCAACUAGAAUACAAUCGUUGUUCAAAGAUGAUCUGUCUCGAUAUGAAACUAAGCAAAACUCAAAUGUUAACCGUCAACGUUCUUCAUCAAAUUGUCUUAGUGUAGAAUCGGGUCAAGAAAUGAAUCAUCAGAAAAAUACUACAUCGAAUGAUGGAAAUGAAGAAAACGAAUCUGAAAUUUGA